CAGUUCCACGGCCCAGUGGUAAUGCAACUUCACCUCUUGCAGAUAGUUAGGCCACCGCAGCACAAUUUUGUAUAAUUAUUUUAGGAUAUUUUUAUUAGAUUUCGUGAUAAAAGUUUAUAAAUUAAAGUAUUUUCGACAUGCGUUUAAGUUAUACUAGAACUGGCUAAAUAAUAUACAUCGUUUUAAAUCUAUUGGAUUAAUUAAUUGGUGUUAAAUAAUAGUGUAUAUGUGCGGAGGGAAAUCAGCGGCAACAAUAACAAGCGCGCGCUUUUCACUACGCUUUGAGUGAUUUUAUAGAUGUGAACAUCUGGCUGUAAACUGCUACAAAUCUAAAUAUAUACAUAGUGAAAGAAUUUUUUAGGAUUGGUUAUUCCAAAAGCUGGGACAGGGAGUGCAAUUUUUUGAACUAUGAGCGCACAAAAACGCAUCAAAAUUAAUAAUAGCUAUGAAUCUGAACCGUCUAGUGGUUCGUCUCUCAGCGAACAACUGGAGUACAAUUCAGUUUAUGACGCAAGUAUGCAUUUACCGUAUAUACUGAAACCACCAUCAUAUGAAACUGAGGUUGUAAUCCAAGCAGACGGCAAUUACUUUAUAGCAAGUCAAGAAAAUAAAAUUCCACUUAUCUCAGCAAUGUCCAAUUCUUUGCCAGGCAUAUAUGAAGAACCAACAUCAACUAGAAGUAGUGAAACCGUUGCAAGUCGACCAAUAAGCUUAGAGUCAGUAUUUAAAGGCUUUACAGAAAGUCCUUACGGCAGACUGCAAAGAGAAUUCUUUCCUAGCACUUCCGUCUCUUCACACUUGCCUGAUUCAUUUGAAAAGCCUGCACCCACAAAAGGCAACGUCGUUUUUUCAAGAUUCUAUGAUAUGAUUGCCGAAGAAAAUAGCUGUAAUGCAGUUGACAUUCAGUUGCAAAGCGAAAAUAUUCCUCACAUGGAAAUUGAGGAAGUUUCUCAAGAAAAUGGCGUUGAAUAUUUACUUUCACUUAGCAAAGAAUUGGAACCACUCGAAGAAAAUCUUCAAUCCAAGGCAGGAGUCGAACUAACUUUCAAUGGCAGAAUAAAAAGCCUCACACCACCAACAGCUGAAGAGAAAGCAGCUGUUAUUGAAAUACAAAGUGAACUGAAUCAGUCAUUUAUACUAAAAAAAUAUAGUAAUGAAAAGUCGCCAGACUUAUUUGGUGAUGACGAAGAUGAUGAAAAUGAAGAUGACGUGGACACAAGUAAAUAUGAAGAUCGUUUUGCAGCUGAAGAGUUAAUUGAGUUUGUUGGGACAACUGAAAAUGAUGCCGAUGAUGAAGUAGCAACAGAGAUUAUGGUAGAUGAAAACCAAGUUGAAAUCGCUUCGCCAGUGGCCAUUGCAAUUGACAACGUAAAUAAUGUUGAAAUCAGUGUAGAGGAAUCUGUGGACACAAGUAUAAAUAAAUCGCUAAACUACCCAACUGAGUCCAGUUUCGCUGAAGAGCAAACAUGUGAUUUGGACUCACAACAGCCCGCUCAGCUACGUACAGAUAAUUAUAGUUUAUACCGUGAGAACUGUCGUCGCGAAAAAGAACUCUUACGCCGCAUACGAAAAUGUUUGGCUGGUAUACCGCCACCGCCAUCUGUGACUAUACCACAGUUGGACAUGUUUAGCGCAGUGAUAAGCCGAAAACAAGACAUAUUUGAUUUUACUGCCGAUAUUAACUCCACUAGUAGUUUAGGUACUUGCAGUUCCUCAAACACCUGUACCAGUCUCUUCAAACCAACACAUCCGAUUGAUGAGACGAAAGAGAUGGGUUGGCGGCAAGUGCUCAGCGUUAGGCAACAUGGUCUUAGUUUUAACCUGUGCAAAGCAUCUGAAAAUAAUGAAUAUUUGGGCCUGUCGGUAAUUGAACGUUUUAUUGGUGCCGAAACGGCGUCGUCAUAUCGUAAUUCACCAUCCAGCGCGAAAAAGCGUAAUGCACGGAUGAAAUUGCUCACACAAUCACCUGGUAAUCGUCUAAGUCACUUGGCUAGACGUCGUGCUACCUUUUCUUCAGCGCAAUUGGCCACUCAGAAAUCAAAUAGUUUGCGUGGUCCACAAAUAUUGGUGGAUGUGCAAAAGAAGAAUAAAAAUCGCCGUAAAAAUACACCCAAGCGCAUGACUCCAGGCAGCAAAAAGAAAACACGCAAAACGCCUUCAUCGUCGGCACGUAAGCGCCUCUUCCGUUGUGAUCUCAUUAAACCCGGUCCAUCACGUGAAUCUUCCAAACGUGCAUUGUUCCAAAGCCCAGCCAAGCAAAUGGAACACAAACAGCCCGUCCAAAGGCUCAUGCCCAGCAUUAAGCCCGAAAUAGCAAAUCGUGUUGAGAAAUCGAAGCGUGCACUCUUCUCACCUGAUAAACAAACAGAAAACCCAAAUAGCCACAGUCAAAUUUUUAAUUCCGCACAGCAGAGUCGUUUGAAUACACAACAAUUCGAUUCGAUAUUUAAGCGCAAACGUUCAGCUGUCGACGACGACGACGACUCUGCCGAUUUACCAUCACAAAGUAGUAAACUGUUUCGCGGUGGCGCUGAGAAUCUAACGCCACGUGCAUUAAAAAUUAAAAGUCAAAGCUUUUGUAUUGGGGCUGGUUCCUCAUCAACACUGUCUGCUGCCACUUUGAAUUCGGGUCUGACUUGCAUCGCUGGUGUUGAGUCUAACAAUUUAAUGUCGUGUAAAAGUUCCGGACUCGGCAGUAGUGGCACUUUGUUUGGCAGCGUGAGUGCUUUAUCAUCCGGUUCAACCGUCACAAAUGUCUCUGGUAAAAUACAACGUUCACACUCGGAAAUGGUUGCACAAACGAGCAGUUUAACAGAGAAUCAACGGAAGAAACUUUUGUGGGCCGUGUCGCAAGCGUUGCAAGAGAAGAAAAUCACAAUGAAACAUGAAAGCUUCAAACAGUAUGCAGCAGUAUUGGCUAGAGUUGUGCGGCGUAUCUUUCAGGAAUUUUUUCAAAAGAGCAGCACAAGCAACAGUGAAACGUUGUUGCGUUUGGCGAAGCGCUAUGUACACUAUGUGAUAGGCGGUCGCUCCGCAGACGACAUUUAUCUGCAUGCGAAAGCAAAGAUUGCACGCGAGCGCAAUGAAUCCAGUGGACGCCUUAGUGGUUAUAUUGGACCAGAGGAGUAUCGUCGUCUGAGAGACUCACAAAAACAACAACAACUACUUGAUGGACAAAAUAACUCACUCAGUCAAAGCACAAUUUCAAACCGCUCUGCCUCCAUAUCGAACCUAUUUUCGCAAGACAAAUCAAUGGACUCAUUCUGUAUGACGAGUAGUUACGAGACAAUACCCGCCUCCAAUGCAACCGUAUCAACUUUUACCUCACAAUCGCAAUCACAACUUAUGGAAACGAAUCUAACAAAACAGUCUUCACACAAGAAACUGCCCAUCCAACCGAAUGCCGCGCUGCAGAAUAGCUCUUCGAAGAAUAAUAUGUGUGGCUUGGCUUUGCGUGAAAAUGUCAAUUUCGAGUUCGAACAACGUCGUUCGACACAAAAGAAUUUCACCGGCAAAGAUCAGCGUAAUGUCAGCCCGUAUGCAAAUGGUAAUAAUAAUUAUUACAACAACAACAACAAUAGCCUACCACCAGCAACAGUCUUGUGUUCAACCGCUAUGGGAAAAUCGCAAUUGCAAACGAAGCUUAUGUCCACGGAAACCAGUUUGUUACAUCCAGCCUCAACAAAAGUGAAACGUCAGAUAAGUUUCGAUAAUUAAUACAAUUCUUGUUUUACAGUUACUCUGCCUCAUGGUGCUGCUCACCAACCUCAUUAAUAACUGUACAACGAACACACUUAGUUAAAUUAAAUUGUGGUCUUUUGUGGAAUAUCUAACGAAUGCUGCCACUGUUAGUGUUUUUAGUGGUAAUUUUCAAUAGCUUAGACAGUCGUGAAAUAUUAAUUAGUUAUAAGUAAUAAUUAUAGUAGAAU